AUGGAUUUGCAAGAAGCAGACGCCGAAACGCCGUUGAACGAGCACGAUGCUGCUUUUUUUGAGACUCACGGGCACACAAAGCGUGUCCAGUUUUGCGGGGUAGUGUCCGUCAAUUUCGGUAAGCAGGCCUGGACGUGGGUGUGUGCUACGUGUGCGCAAACGGGUGCUCGGAACGGUGUGAAGUUUUAA